AUGAAGAAGCCGUGCAUAGAAGCAGAUUUGGUUCUAACUUUGAUACCUUUGCUGGAGAGCACAGACCAAGAAAUGUUGCUCCAUGCUGGGAGGGCUAUUGGCCGUAUCUGUUAUGAUAACCGGGAUCUUCAGGAAGAGCUGGUGAAGGUAGGAGUAAUCACAUCGCUAGUCCGAAUACUAACCGAUUAUGCAGAGAGUGAACCACUUGUCCAUGUUGAUCUAUUGGCCUUAUGCAAUCUUGCCGACCUUGAUACAGCCAAGGAAGCUCUAAGCAAGACAAAGGUUGCUGAACAGCUGGUGAAACAACUGAGAAGAGCAGAGAACCAUGAGAGGUUAGAAAUUGUCUUUGAGGUCCUGCAAGCACUUGCAGAAAAUGAUGCUCUGAAAGUGCAGUUGGUGGAGGCAGGCGUGCAAGAGGUGCUGUCCGAGAUCCUGCUGAGGCUCCAGGGUAGUUCACAAGCUGAAGAUACAUGCACUGUGAAGGCUGCAUCAGAUCUCAUUGUCUCUCUGCUUCUUGGAGACGGCAACUGUGUACGAAUGGUACAGUUAGGAGUUAUACAUCAGCUUCUGGAUCUUUUGGAGAAACACGUAGAGAGUGGGGAUGUCUCUGUUCAACAUGCUGCGCUCAGUGCCCUUCGAAACCUUGCUAUACCAGUUGUCAACAAGGUUCAAAUGCUGGAGGAAGGCGUGGCAGAACGGAUUCAGGCACUUCUAAGGUCAGAGAUGCCCCCUGUGCAGUUUAAACUUCUUGGAACACUACGGAUGUUAGCAGAUGGUCAAGCUGAUGCGGCUGAAAUCUUGGGCCAAGACCCCAUGCUGCUCAACAGACUUGUGCGGUGGUGCAAUGCUAACGACCACGCUGGCCUUCAUGGAGAAGUGAAUCGGCUGCUAGCAUCGAUCUUGCGUCACAACAGAUCCCAAGAAGUGGUCAAAGCCAUCCAGGAGGCACAAGGAGUGAAACAUCUGGUUUCCAUGACAACAAGCAAACAUGCUGCCAUGCAGAAUGAGGCGCUGAACGCCUUGGCAAUCGCAUCUGCAAUCGAUUUAGAAACCCUUGAAGAAUCUUUUAAGGAAUCACAGCUAGUUCAAAGCUUACACAAACUUCUACGAGAUGAUAAUACAAGUCCUGAGGUGAAAUAUAAUUCAUUGGGUCUUUUGUGCAGUCUUCUUAAUUCAGGUGAUCUGAGACAAGAAAUAGAAGAGGACGAGAUUAAAGAAACCCUCGAACAACUCUGCAGUCACAGCAAUGCAAAUGUGGUGAAGGAAGCUGUCACAACAUUACAGAUUUUGAGAGGAGAGACACCCCACUAG